AUAUUAUUUUAUUACAAUAUAGAUCAAAAUUUAAUGCAUUCCACUAAGUCUACCAAAUUUCAAUGGACGUAUAUAUGUUGCAAAAUGUUAACAGCUGGCCUUCUCUGCCAAACCUUUGUCUAUAAUAAUAGAAGAUGAUGGAACACAAGAAACUGGGAGUGUGGGACGAAUUCAAAACCUGUAUUAAGAUGGAAAUGAGAGAAAGGGCAUGAUACAAUCUUAGAUCUAAACAUAAUUAUCUAGACAUGACUGUGUUAUGUGUGUCUGUGGUUUUAGUCAAUAGUUUUAGUGAUGUUCUAAUUACAAGAAAUUGUCUAGGUUGUUCACUGUAAAAUGUAAAAUUAAUACCUCCAAACAAACCGUCACUGUGAGAGUGUAUAUAGUGGUUUUUGAUUUGAUUUCUCCGAUUGUAGUCGGACACGAGUAAGAGUAGCUGUAGCUUGUGUGAAUCUGAUCUAUAUACUAUAGUCCGAUGAGAACAUUGAAGUGAUAUGGAUUUAGAUGUAGAUGAACGCAGGGAGAUCGUAUCAACCACCAUAGAGCGACUCUCUCUGGUGAUAGGGGCAUCAGGAAAUGCAGAAGAACUGGUUAGCCUUGUCACUCAGAUUGUCAAAGCCCUGAAAAAAUUGAUUGCGGGAGCGCCUGAUGCAACCAAGACAAGAGGCACAAGUUCUCUAGCUGAGUUUGUUUUCGCAGCUAAAAAAAUCGCUAAGGAUGCCCGAGCAGUGGACUCUGCCUCACUGCAGCAGUUGUCCAGAACGAAAAAGGCCGUGGAAAGUCUAGUGAAAGAGGUGAACUUGUUUUAUGAGUCUCAACAAAGUUACAGCAGUGAUGUAGAGCUUGAGAGCCUGCUUAGACAAACCAGUCUCCCCUCCAGACCAGCAGAGCCAGUGAAUGAUGUGGGUAGAGUGAGCCCCACUGAUGCACCACCUACCACAGAGACUGAACGACGACUAGCAGCUGAGCUGAGGAGACAUCAAGAAAGUCUUCAAGCUAAGACCGAACCACAGAGAAACCCAGUGCAACAUGGUCAACCAUCAGAUGUAUUGCGGACAGCUAUGGUAGGAUUGCAGCGUGCCACAGGAGCAUUGGUGGACGCAUCCGGGCAUAAGGCACCUGCCAAGGGCUCUGUGCUGGAGCCUACUCUACUCCUUACUAAGAUGGUAUCUAUGCUCAUGGACUUGGUGGACAGUCUGUUUGUAAGCAAGUACCCCAUGAGAACACAGGUCCACUCAUUCUGUUGUAUGUUGAUCGACAAUGCAUUGGUGUAUGGCGAGCAAUCUAAGACUGAUGAUGCUGCCUCUUUACGUCUCAUCUCCACCCAAGCCCCAGCUCUUAUGAGUGCCAUAGAGGUCAUGGCCGAACAGUGUUAUAAGAGAUCAGAAAACAUCAGAGAGAGUCAGAAGAUGUCUAUACAGCGUGGAGUUGACCUCCAUGAUCUUGACUUGAAUGGUCCUGGUCAUACAAAGAGUCCUGUGGUCAGGAAAAGAAAAGAUCCCCCAUUGCCCCCAGCGAAGAAGGAGCAAUUGCCUCCACCACUACCAAAGGAAUUUGAAAUUGGGUGUAUGAUCUGUACAAAUGUGGCUGUGGAUAGAGAGAGCAAGGAGAUUCUGACUAAAGGCUCUGAGAUUAAGCUGUGUGUUAAUGAGAACAAUCGAGUUGGCGAUGUAAGAAAAAUGCUUACCAAAAGAACAGGGCUACCACUGGAGCACAUUCAACUCCGAUUUAGAGGUGACGAUGUACUGCUGGAUGAAGUAAAGGUAACACCGGACAAUGCCAUCCCUUAUUUCAUGUUCAACAAGUUUGAACCUGGGGAGGAGGAACUGCAAGACUUCAAAAAAAAGCAUCGCAGGGAGCGAAGAAUAAGGAUUGACAAUGCAGACUGGUCAAAAGUCCCAAAUCUUGUUGCUGUGGCGUUGUAUGACUACGAGAGUCUUGGUGAUGGAGAGGAUGACAGUUUGGAGUUUGUGGAGGGGGAGUUGAUUGAGAUCGUAGAGAAGAGUGGGGAUGGCUGGUGGACCGCUAGAAUUGAUGGGCAUGUAGGAGUCAUCCCUGCCAGUUUUGUGGAGGAGAUUGCAGUACCACAAUCCAAAGAUGAGGCGAAGAAACUCGUAAAGAGGUUCAAGCAGGGAAGGCUGGGUGCUGAAAACCACACCGAGGCCAAAGCAGAAACGAUGUUAUUUGAUGAUGAUCCACGAAGCCACACGUCGUCACCAUCACCUUCCACUGCUGCCCCUUCCCACAAUCCUCUGUCGGGUGUUAGUAAAGCCCUUCGGCGAAUCCACAGUGGUGGAUCCCAUGACUACAGCAAGCUAGGCAACAAGAAGAACAUUGAGCCAUUAGUCAAAGAGAAAAAAGAUAAGAAGAGAGGCAGUUUGUUUAAGAAGAGAACAAAUUAUGACCCGAUAAUGGAAUACAAAGAGGUUCGUCGGUCCUCUGAUACACAAGUGUCGCCUCUUCUCUCUUCACCGAAUAAUCGUAAACAUGUGGGCUCUGUCCUCGAGUACAAUCAGGAGCCACAGACAUCACCCCGUAUUGCAGUCAAGCGAUUAAGUCGUCCUGCCUCUUCUCCACGCUUAGUUAGAACUACUGAAAAGACACAACUCAGUGAGAAGCACAGCGAUUCAUCCACUUCACCUCUCUUAUCUCAAGCUAAUGAGACACCUCAAGUUGGAAACAACUCCCUCAAAGUGAAAAGACGUCCUCCUCCCCCACCACCGCCCUAUCAGAAGACCUAUCCCAGACGCGCUGUAGAGGAUAUUGACCCAGACUCAAUUACAGUGCAUGUGGCUGCACCAGAGAAUGAUCCUGAAUUGGAGCCACUCCCAGUCAAGUCUAGCUCUAGUAUGGAAGAUCUUUUGAGGAAUUUGGAAGAGUUUGAUGAGCUUGCCAGCCCAUCUCCUCUGAAUGAAUGGAAUUUGGAUGUAGAACGAGGAAAAAGAGACUUUGCAACAAUACCAAGGAACGAGCUGCCCCCCAAGUUUGACUCAUCUGAUUCAUCCCCUGACCUGCUAAACACACAGACAAAUGACUCAUUAGCUCCGCAGAAACCUCCUCGAAAACGCUCGAAGAAGAAACCUGAGCCCUCAUCAUCGCUCCUACCGCCUCCUCCCGAGUCACCCCCUGAGACAACUACUGAAAAUAGGCUGCAAACUAACAUUGUGGGUGGUGAGGGUCGGGAUAGUCCCGUGCCGCAACCCCCUCCUCGGCGCAAGUCACGCAAAGGAACCACCGAGAGAAAGAACGAAGAUAAUAAAGGGCAAGCCUCUCCUGUUCCACCUCCCAAACCACUUUCUCUCUCAAGAGAAAAAGAAUCACCAUUACUAUCAAGUAGAAAAUCACCGAUUGUGCCCCAUAAACCUGGAAAAUCUUCUCCUAUCCCACCGCCAAAACCUAAGGGUUUUUCAAAACCUAUUCCGGGAUGGCGUGUUAACUUGGAGAAGCCUGUUUGUUCGAGUGCCCCUGUCUCACGUACUGUAUCACCCGAGGAUCAGAGCUGCCUCUCUGCCAGUUCAAGAGAAACCUCUGUGUCUACUGACCUGCUAACAAGCUCCCCUGUAGUGAUGCGCAGGACUAAUGCUGUUAAUGCAAGACUGGACCCUGACUUCUCAGAUGAUGAGCUUGAGGAUUGCACUGGUAUUGGCAAGGAAGGUGUUCUACAUAAAGAAGGAGCUAGAAAGGUGGAGUGGAAAUCUCGUUACUUCAAACUCACUGAGAACACCAUUGACUACUUCGACAGAGCCAUGGAGGCAGACUCCUCACCUGCCUUGGGUCAGAUUCUGGUGAGCCGGAUGCAGGGUGCCGUACCAUUAGGAAAGAAAGAUGGUUUCCUGUGUUUCGCCAUCAACAUGAAAUAUGACACUAGUGUGGUCCUAGGAUGUCACUCACGGACUGACAUGGAUGAUUGGGUGAAGAGCAUCAACAAAAUGGUCAAAGGAGCAAAGUGUGGAGAGAUGAUUCAGACUUUCUCUAGUGCCUAUAAUAUUGCUGUCAAGUGUGUGGAGUACCUGUCCUCUCAUGUGAUUGAGGAACGAGCCCUCACGGUUGCCACUGCACCCAGCUCCCGCGUCAACCGAUGGCUAGAAUCUAUAGACAAGGGACAAGAACCAGACAUAAGCAAGAUGCCUGAUGCCACUACUGCUGCCUGUCUGCUGCGCUCUUUGUUCAGGAAAGGUCGACUGGGGUGUCUUGUCAAGUACAGUCUCGCUAAAGAGGUGGCUGAGCUCACUCAGAGUGCCAACCCUAUCUCUAUUCUUAGCACUAAGUUGAACAAACUCUCACUGGAAGCACGUGAUCUGCUCAAGCAACUACUUAGAUUGUUUUCAAAGGUGCUGGAAUACUCUCAUAAGAACAGCACUGAGCUGGAUGACUUGAACCGAACCUUUGGAACACUGGUGUUUGAGAGAAUGGGUCCUGCCGAAACGGAACCUCUUUUAGCCUACUUUAUCAGUACUUGCGAACUCAUUAUUUCAUAACAAUUUUAGAUCAAUGCUGUCCCAGCAUAAUUAUUUUGUGCAAUUUUGUGUGUGAGUGUGUGCUGUAGGUACUCACAGAGUUUACUUUUAUGUACAUGCACUAGUAUAAGUGUACGUAUACGCUAUGAAGGAAUAAUUGUUGGGUAGAUCUAAA